AUUAUAUCAAUAUGAUUUUUUACUUGAGAAUAGUAAAAACCAUUCUUCUACUUCGGAAGAUAUCUAGACAAUCAUUUCGAAAACCGAAGUAUUUUCUGUUGACUUUUAAAUCAUUUAUUGAACUGCAUAGUAUUGAGCAGGUAAAAUAGAGUACAUCUUGAUGUUCUGACAUAAUUUCGAUGGAUCUUGACUGGAUUAUGAAUUUUUUAAUUAUACUCAAAAAUAGGCAAAAAUGCGGUUUUUCACCUAAUAUAGGAUUUCACUAGGUUAUGGGAGGUUUCCUGAAAAACAAAUAUUGCCACGAGAUUCAACGUGGUUGAUUACCUAUGUUUCCAUUAUUUUCGAAAUUACGACACCUAAAACAACCUUGGUCCUGGGACUCUCAGGAAAUCCGAUGCCACGCCUGAACCGGGGAAACUUAAGAGUUCGCUUGGUUCGCAUUUCGGAGAGGACACUUUGGACUAUCUAUCUAUGGAAAAAACUUACAGAUUACUAGCUCAGUUUUCGGAGAUCCGAACUGGUUUUCUAAAGAUCUCCUAGAAAACCGAUCUUCCAAAUGGUUUCGGAAAAGGAUUUUGCUUAUGAAAACAUAGAUUGAACUGUCUUCUUUCGAUUGUUGGAAAUCGCAAGUCUCUGUCUCUUAUUGUUUCAGAGUUAUUCGAAAAACAACCGACUGCAUUGAAUUUUGGCACCGGUAUUAGUAAUCUAAAUGACAACUAGUCGUAUAUCGUACGAUUACAGACGAAAUGUAUCUGGAUUUUCUCCGUAGGUGUUUUUUGCUUGAGCUUAAAUAUCGUUAUACCUUGUUUUUAGAUCAAAUAUUUAUUAAAUGUGCGCGUCAACGAACUGCAAGCGCUGGAAGCAGAACAUAAAGAUGAUGGUGUUCAAAUUUUAUCAAAUAUUGAACAUUCAUCUAUCUUAGCACCUGUUAGUAUUUAUGAACAACAUUUAAAACAACGUCUGCUAGAAUAUGCACGAACAUCUGAAUUGGAAUUUGAUAUCAGAGAACCAUUGGGAUUUAGUGUACUGAUUCAAAAUCAAGAAUAUUUAUUAACUGACAUAGCAAAUAGAUACUCAUGCUAUAUCGAAACAAAAAUUGAAACACAAAAAAUACCCAUUGCAAUACCAAAAGCAAAUGUUGAAGAAUUAGCACCGAGUGCAGAAACGAAUGAUAAUAUUCAAUUGUCAGAUCUACUUUCUCCAGGCGCACUUGUACCUGAAUCAAUAACGACAGCAACAAGAAGUAGUCUAAAGGAAGCUAAUGGUACUAUUGAUAUACGUUUUGGAGAUUUAACAACAGAAACGGUUGAUGUGAUUGUUCUCUGUCGAUCAUCAACGAAAUUGUGUGAUGCAGUUGUCAAUGUUGCUGGUAACCAGGUAUUAAACGAAUAUCAAGCAAUUGCAGCAGCGUCAUCGAAACAAAUUGCAAUAUCAGCUGGUUCAUUAAAAUGUAAAAUGAUACUUUUUCAAUCUUGGCAACCAUGCAACAAUGAUGCUCUAUUAAGAAAAUCGAUAUCUGAUUUUGUAUCAGAUGCCAUUCAAUAUGUAUCCAAUAAGAAUUAUUCAAGUAUUUCAUUUCCAGCAUUGGGAUGUGGUAAUUUUGGUUGUUCUGCAAAUGUAGUUGCUGAUACAAUGAUAAACGAAACAAAAUCUCAAUUAAGAAAUUUAAAGAAAAAUAUUACAAUAUCAUUUGUAUUAUUAGCACAACAAAAACAUGUGUACGAGGAAUUUUGCAAUCAAUUAAAUCCAAAAACGGUCGAUAAUAAUAAGAGUGAUUUCAUUAGUCGUGCAGCAAGAGCAAUCACUGGAUAUUUUUCAACAAAUACAGAAGAGAAUGCCGUCUCAAGCAAUGAAUCUGCGAACGUAGAAUAUUUUGACCGAGAAAUCGUACAAAUAACUCUAACAACAUCGGCAGAAAAUGACGAUACAUUGUCAAAAUGUCGUCAAUCAAUUGAGGAGCAAAGUAAAUCUUGUACAUUGAAAAAAGAGUGGAAAGAUAAACAAGACAUGAGACAUUGGACACAAAAAACAAUUAAUAAAUAUUAUAAUUAUUGUCUGGAACGAAAAAUAUUACCACAGUUAGAUAUCAUAAAAGGUCAUUUACAACUAAAUGGUUUAAAAGAAUCCGUAUUAGAGGCAGAAAAAUAUUUUUAUCAAUUAUCAACUGAUACAUAUCGGCAAGAACGAGUUCAGACCAUAUCACAAGGUAUUAUUUGGUCAUAUGAAGUAUCAAAUGAUAUAUGGAAAAAGUAUUCAUUUAGAAUAAAUGCAGAAAUUGAAGAUGCUUACCAACGUAGAGUACCAUCGAUCGAUAUAAUCGAUGAAGAAUUAAAUAGAUGUCAAGUAUGUGUGGACAAAAGAAUGCAUCAAGAGUUCGGAAAACAAGUUCGUCAAAUAAGACGAAAAGAAGUUAAUCAAAUAUUGCCCGACCACUGGUCUCCUAAACAUGCUGAUACAAAAUGUAUUCCAUUACCUAAUACGUCAAACGAAUAUAAAGAUGUUGUUGAUAAAUUUAAUGCUACAAUGACAGGUCAAUAUGGUAAAAUCAUUAAAAUUGAACGAAUAGAAAAUGAACGUUGGUAUAUACAAUAUGCAGCACAUCGUGACGAAUCUAAGCGAAAAUAUAAAAAUGCUGACUGUGAAAAAACAUUAUUUCAUGGAUUACCAGAUGAUAAAACAACUUUUAUUAUUAAUGAAUGUUUCAAUCGAUCUUUUGCCGGCGUGAAUGGAGUGGUAUACGGUGUUGGUGUUUAUUUUGCUACAAAUGCUUUAUAUAGUAAUAAUUAUGCUGUACCAAACAAAUUGUCGGGUGAACGAUGUAUGUUCGUUGCCAAGGUGUUGAUAGGGAAAGCAAUACUUGGAAAUUCAAGCAUGAAAACACCACCAGUCGGACAUGAUUCAACAACUGAUAACAAGAAUGAAAUUUUUGUUACUUAUCACGAUGCACAAGCUUAUGCUGAAUAUUUAAUUACAUACAAAUAA